CGAGCCACCAGAAGAGAAUGGGGCGAGACAGUCGCGCUGAGACCAAGUGCCACGGCGGUUCGGAAAGCCGCCAAUUCGAACGAAGCUACUGCCUGUUCACGUGACAGACGCGCGAUCAUCGAGCGAUCCAUCUUUCUUCGUUUUCUUAUGAAUUGAUGCAGUUCGGUAGAUAAGUUUGCUAUGUUCGAUCACCGAUGGCAAAUCCGCGACGCUCGCGUUCGAUCCUUUGAUCUUAGGCCGCAAAAUUAAUCGUCAGCGAAACUUUCUGUAUUCGACACUCGAAUUAAAAUUGUGCAUUCUUCUUACACGACGAACUCGAUCACGAUAUGAAUCGAUAAAGCGUGUAGAGCAGAACAGUAAAACAGUAUAGCAACAGAGUGUAUUUUAGCUGACCGUGACAAAUGCUCAUAGUAUGACGUCAAAUGCAAUUAGAGGCAUCAGAAGGAAGAAGAGUUCACUGUGCGAAGUUAAGGUGGCUGUGAUAGGAGCUCCAGGAGUCGGCAAAAGCGCAUUGACAGUGAGAUUUCUGACGAGGAGAUACAUCGGGGAAUACGAUCAUCAAUCAGAAACCAGAUACAAACAUGAAGUAUUAGUCGAUGGGGAACCAAUUCUUUUUGAAAUUUUAGAUACAUGUCCAAAAACUGAGAAUGAGCUGCCAUCAAUAGAAACUUUACAAUGGGCAGACGGCUUGCUAUUGGUUUAUUCGAUAACAGACAGGAACUCAUUCAAUUUUGUCAGAAAAGCAAAAGAAGCUCUGGCAGUAGCAGAUCCUGAAGCUGCGAUGCCUCUUGCCCUUGUGGGAAAUAAAGCUGAUAUGGUCCAUUUACGACAAGUCAGCGCAGAAGAGGGAGAGAUAUUAGCAAAGGAUUUCGAAUGUUGGUUUAGUGAAAUAACAGCAGCUGAACAGGUUGCUCAAGUUGCAGAAUCUUUCCACGAAUUAUGCAGAGAAGUUCUUGCAGCCAGAAGAAGAAACAAACAAUCUUUGCUGGACAGAAUGCUCGGUAGUAAAGCGACACGUGCUUACUCACGAGGAAAAAGCGAUUCUGCUUUACCAAAAGAUUAAAUUAUUGUUCGAAGUAUAUAUGUGUAUUACAAAUAUAAAGAAAAGGAAAUAUCCCAAAUGAAUAAUGAAAAAUCGAUAUUGUAUUCGGGGAAAUGCAAGAAAAGAAAAUAGGACAAUUCGGGAAUAUAAUCGUUUACUAUAUAAUAAAUGAAAAAAAUGAACGAUAAAUGCCAAAGAAAAUAUCAUAGUUUUUAAUUUCUAGGUGUAAAGAUUCAUAUCAAAUAAAAUAUAGGGUAUGUAUAAAUUUUUAAUAAUACACCUACAAAAAUUCUUAAAACUGACUCUAUGACUCCUGAUGCACUAGAAAAGUUCAGUUCAAGAAAAAAAUGUAAUAUAGAAAAAUGAACUGCGUUUCUGAUAGUUAUGUAAUAUUCUCAAAAAAUAUAUUAGUAAUAUAUAGUAAUAUAUAUAGUAACAUUUUAUAAUUUUUUACUGUAUCACCAGAUUAAACGAGUCAAUCAUUUAAAUCUAAAAAAA